CCGGAGAAUAGGGGGAUUUCGGGUCGUGGUGAGGCAAAAACAUGCCGAAAUGAGGUCGAAAUGCCAUUUUGAAGCGAUUUGGGGGCCGGCUGGACAGACGGAGCGUCGCAGGACUUCGUUCGUGUACCAUGCGUGGGCCGUGACCACUUGUAUUGAAGCGUUCGUCCUCCUCGUGGCCGCUUUGGCCCCGUUUACGUCGUUCGCGGCAGGCGCUGCGCGGCCGCUGGCGGACUAUCAGCGCUGGCAUAGCUGAAAAAGAGGCGGGAGUGCGGGUCGGAACCUCAUCGGGCAACUCACAAACACCCUCUUUCGGGCUGCGCAUGCGUUUUGAAAAAUGGCCCAAUCCUGAACUCGACCGGUGUUGUGGGCAGCCCCUCAGUCUCCGCCGCGGAGUGCCGAAACUUCAUCGGGGCUGCUCCUACGCCAGCACCAACACCCACUGAUGAUGCGCCAUCGAUGAAGUUUUUGCGUAGGAGCAGCCUGCGGCUCGGUAGAGGCGCUUAAUGGCACAACGACUGCC